CAUGUACCGUGGGGACUUUGAGAACUUCAUGAAGAUCAAGGAGGAGCGGCUCAAGAACCAGCAACGAGAGUAUGAAGCCCAGCAGCAGUACCGUGAGCACAUCCAGGUUUUCAUUGACCGCUUCCGCUACAACGCCAACCGGGCGUCCCAAGUCCAGAGCAAGCUCAAGCUGUUGGAGAAGCUGCCAGUGCUGAAACCUGUGGACAAGGAAUCUGAGGUGAUCAUCAGGUUCCCCGAUGGCUUUGAGAAGUUCUCCCCCCCAAUCCUGCAGCUGGAUGAAGUAGACUUCUAUUAUGAGCCAAGUCACUACAUCUUUCAUUCCCUCUCCGUCUCUGCUGACCUGGAGUCCCGCAUCUGUGUGGUUGGGGAAAACGGAGCUGGCAAGUCAACCAUGCUAAAGAUCUUAAUGGGGGAGCUGGCACCAGUCAGGGGGAUCAGACAUGCUCACAGGUACCUGGUUGGAAGGGCUGGGGGACGGGGAGGAAUG